AUGGAUAAAGCAAUCCCACAUACAUUGGGGUUGGAUUUAGUGAAGCAGAUUGAGUAUUUCACAAAGGAAGCAUUGGAAUCAUUUGAAGAAGAUUUUAUUUGGCUGAAUGAAAUUCUGGAAACUGCCAAAAUAGCUUUUCAAACCUCGGAAAUUCAAACUCUUCCUAAAACACCAUCUGCUAAGAAACGCAAGGGAAGAAAAAGAAAGAGUGAUGUGCCAUCUUUUAUCCGAAGAUCAAGCGUUUUUCCAAAGAGUGCUGACCAAUCUCUCAAUGACUCUUACAAUGCUGAGAAUGUUCCUCCUCCCCGGUCGAAUGCUACACGUGCUACUAGGAACCUCCGGUCACGUCAAAAGGCAGAUACAAAUGCUGGCAUUUCCACCUGCAAUACGUCUGUUUUGCGGGCUAGGAAUCAACGUAAUGCUUCUGCUCGGAACAACACCUACACUGAACCAGAGUUGAGCCCGACAAAAGAAAUUCCAGAGUCACCUGUGCAGAAACAACAAGAGGAACAGCCUCCCCAGUUGGAUGAACCUAAAGAAGAUACAGCCCAGACAAAGAUGGAUAUCAGUGAAGACAUUGUAACUAAAGAGACAGAGCAAAGCUCCCCUGUAGUUGCCAAGAUUGUUUCCCCUACUGAGAUGGAAGCCAGUCCUCACCAGUCUGUGAUACCAUCUCCAGCCAAACCUGUUGAAAAUUCUGAAGUCUCUGCUACUAACAGCAAUCCUAGUGAAUGCAGAGUAAAUAACAGUAGCUUUGUGAUUGAAACUCCUUCUGAAGCAGAAUCUGCCUUGAGCCUGCCUGUCAUCUCAAGCCCUGCCAAAAUUCCGAUCUCAGACAAGCCAGAAGCAAUGGACACAGACUCUGGUGUCACCAGUGAUGAUAAGGAACAGGAAAAACUACAGUCGGAGAACGGUGAACAAAGCGAGGCAAAAACAAGCUCUGAGGCUGAUACAGAACCCGAUACAGGCAGGCCAUCAAGUAUUUCUCCCUCGUCUGGUGAAGAAAUGAACCAGCCUCCAAGGACUCGUACAAGAACUCGUAAGCAGCAGCAGCAGUCGAUGCCAGUGGUCCAACUUCCUGCCCCCUGCAAAGAAAGCAUCUCUUCAACAACCAGUGCAGAAUCAAAUGAGGCCCCAACACGGAUGACCAGGUCAAGGAUGCGUACAAAACAACCUGCUACUACAAAACCCGCCUUGGUCCCUGUAGCUGCUAACCCUUCUUCAGAAACUUGUGAUAGUGCAAUGACUGAGGAUAAACCAGAAGAACCUCGGACUCGUACCAGAACACGGCUUCAGAAACGCAAAAGUGAUGACCUGGAAGGCAAAGCAGACAGUGACACAAAGCGACAGUGUACAGAGUCCAAACCAGCCAAUGAGGAGAAACGUCGUAGUUCCAGGCUCAGUGGAAAGAAAUCUGCUAAGGAAUCUCCAGAAGAUGCUGAUGCAGAAAACUCUGAUCUUGAUGAUGCAGAUGUGACAAGGACGGAAACUUGGACAGAAAAUUGGACAGCACCUUCCAAUUUAAAAACACCUAGUAAUAUGUCUAGUUCUCGAAGCUUCUUAGCCAUGAACUCCAGUUACUUAAGUGCUAACCGAACCCCUUCACAAAAAUCUUAUACGCUCUAUAAGUAUAUUCAGCAGAAUAACUCCUUCACGGGCUCUGCCCAGAAAUCAGGAACACAAUCUCGUUUGAACCUCCUCUCUGGUUUGGGCAAUAUAAAAUCUUUGCUUAAGAGAAACCAAACGCCUAUUAAAGGAACUCCGAAAAUUGGGAACAAUCAACAGGAAUAUAUUGAACAAAGAAAGCGAGAGUUUGAAGAAAAACGGAAGAAAGAACAGGAGAGGUUAAUGAAGAGAGAAGAACUGCAAAAGAUGAAAAUGGAAGAGAGAAAAAGGAAAAGGGAAGAGAGGAUGCGUAAAGUGGCAGAGAGUAGGCAACUAAGAGAAACUAAAGAACAAGAAUUAAAAGAUAAGAAAAAUAAGAAGUUGGAAGAGAAGCUUUCUGUCACUGAUCGUCUCAGAGAAGAAAAACUCCGUGAAGAGCGGGAAAAACUGAGGCUACGAUUAAAGAAACAGCAAGAAGCAGAAGAAAGACGUAAUCAAGAGGACGAAGAACGUGCAAAGAAACUCAGGAAACAGGAAGAGGAGAACCAACGUCACCAGGCAAUGCUUCAGCGUAAGAAGGAAUAUGAAGAACAGGAGAGGCUGAGAAAAUUAGCAGAAGAGAAACGCAAAUUAGAGGAACAGCGAGAACGGAUGCUCGAAGCUGAAAAAGAGAAACAGAAUGAAUUGGAAAGACGACGAAAAUUUGAAGAAGAGAGAGAACGGGAGAGGCUCAGGCUGAAAGAGGAAAGAGAGAAAGAAGCUAAUCGCAUCAGAGCUGAACGUGAACAAGCACAGAGAGAGAAAUUACGUGAAUUGGAACAAGAACGGUUGAAGUAUGAACAACAGGAAGCUGAGAAGAAGGAGCUGAGAGAUCAAUACAUUGCAAAAAUUCUCAAUCCACCUUCUACUGUCAAUUCUGUUGCAGUAGCUCCCCUUUUGUCGUCAUCCUCUGCCUAUCAGAAGGAAGUGGCAAAACCAGUUGGUCAGAAUACGAGUCUAAACACAAGUAAUAAAGCAACUUCUAAUCAUGAUAGUUACCAAAUGACACCUAAGAGGGGCUCCUACAACAAUUAUGACAUAACAGAACUAAAAUCUGAUGAUUCUACUGAUGAAGAGGAUGGUCCUCGUAAACCAAUUCCCAAAUGGGCCCAAGAUAAUUCCGCUCGUUCAGACGUCCACGAAGGUAUCAUUCCCGGCAAAAAGAACACCCCGGCGGGGCGUGAACGGAAGAAAAUGAACACUCUUUUUUUCUUCUCGCCAGGAAUCACAGCACAAUCCACUAAGCGAUAUGGUCAACUAUACAGCGAGUACAUUCUUUCCAACCAAAUAUCUAUCUAUCUAUCUAUCUAUCUAUCUAUCUAUCUAUCUAUCUAUCUAUAG